AAUUUGGAAGGAGAAGAAAAAAAGGAAAAAGACAAAAAGCUGCAGUCUUACUGUUUGUUCCUUUUCUUUAAGGUUGGUUCUCUGGUUUUUUAGUUGCUCUACUCUCUCUCUCUCUCUCUCUCUCUUCUUUUUUUGAUAAUUUCUCUAUUUCUCUCUUUAGCCAUCAAGUCCAAACCCACUAAAAUAUUCCGAGAAAACCCGCAAAAUGCAACUUUAAUAUUUUCCUGCCAACCAAUCAGUCCCCCAAGGAGCUUCGGAUUCUCGAAUGUCGCUCCUCAUUCCUUCCAAACCCUAACCACUGUCCUCUCAAACUUCCCAAAUCCAGUCAUUUCUUCCUUGUCCUCCGCCAUGGAUUCUCGCCGGACUCCGCGCACGGUCAUCGAUCCCAAGGUUCGCCAUGUAGGCUUCUUCGCCCCGCCCGACAGGGCCAAUUCGGGUCAGACCGACCCGAUUUCGACAUCCUCGUCGCCUUCCCCUCCGGCGGCCGACAUCUCCCCGUCCGGUAACUCGCUCUCCCCGGUGAUGAUCCCUCCGCCGCGGCAGUCGAGCGACAGCCGCCCGAUUCCCUUGGUUCAUCACCCCGCUUCGCCUCUCCGGCGGGAAUCCAUCCCCUCCGGCAGCAGCUACAACCCGUCGGAUUUCUUCGCUCCGGCCACGUCUCCGACGGCGUCGUCGUCGUUUGCUAGCAUGACGGCGGUGGGAGGCUACGGAGAGUCCUCGGACGAUGUCGUAGCUCUGUCGCCUGGUCGAGCAGUCAGGGGCGGUUCGUUCAGGGCGUCCGCCUCGUCGUCGUUUCCUGGCGGAGGAUUUGAUUUGACGGCCCUGAAGGCUAGUAGCGUCCCGGCGAGUGAGUUGACGACGGUGUCUGUUGUCAAUAUGCCUCCUGUUAUUGCUGAAAAAGCUGGAGGAGCAUCGGUAGAAAUGCAAAAUAAUAGAACUGCAAAUUUAAAGCCAGCAAAAGAGAAAACCACAAAAGCUGAAAGGCGAGCCCUUCAAGAGGCUCAACGAGCUGCAAAAGCUGCUGCAAAAGCUGAAGGAAGCAAGUUACUUGGUGGUGGUUCGUCAGCAGUUACUUCAGUGAACGUAAAACCAGUUAAAGGCACGAAGACGGCUUCACAAAAGAAUGACAGCGUUUCAGUUGCAGCUUCUGACAAGAAGGUUGGUGAUCGGCUGGCAGAAAAGGAUAGAAAGAAAGAAGUUCCUCAACCACGCAUGCAAUAUGAUGAUAAGAGCCGUGUGGACAAGGCAAAAAGACGUGCAGUGGUGAACCAAACUGAGGCGAGGAACAGAGUCGAGUUGUUCAGGCAUUUGCCUCAAUAUGAACAUGGAACUCAGCUUCCUGAUCUUGAAUCAAAGUUUUACCAAUUAGAUCACGUACAUCCUGCUGUUUACAAGGUUGGAUUGCAGUAUUUGUCAGGAGAUGUAUCUGGUGGCAAUGCUCGUUGCAUUGCAAUGCUUCAAGCAUUUCGAGAGGCCAUCAAAGACUAUUUAACGCCACCUAAGAAAAACCUUUGUAGAGAUUUGACUGCAAAAAUAAGUAGUUAUGUAUCUUUUCUUAUAGAGUGCAGGCCCCUUUCAAUCAGCAUGGGGAAUGCAAUUAGGUUUCUCAAAAGCCGCAUUGCGAAGCUUCCUCUUACUCUAUCUGAAUCGGAAGCAAAAGCAUUGCUCCAGUCAGAUAUAGAUCGUUUCAUAAGUGAGAAAAUCAUUCUUGCGGACAAGGUGAUAGUUAAACAUGCUGUCACCAAAAUCAGAGAUGGUGAUGUUCUUCUCACAUAUGGGUCCUCCUCUGCAGUUGAGAUGAUACUAUUGCAUGCUCAUGAACUUGGCAAACAGUUUCGAGUUGUGAUAGUGGACUCUCGUCCAAAACUUGAAGGCCAACUCUUACUUCGUAGGUUGGUGGGAAAGGGCCUUAAUUGUACUUACACUCACAUAAAUGCUGUAUCUUAUAUCAUGCAUGAAGUUACUCGAGUUUUUCUGGGUGCUUCAUCAGUUUUGUGCAAUGGAACAGUAUAUUCAAGAGUUGGAACGGCGUGCGUUGCUAUGGUUGCGCAUGCGUUACGUGUACCAGUCUUAGUGUGUUGUGAGGCAUAUAAGUUUCAUGAAAGGGUGCAGCUUGACUCAAUAUGCUCUAAUGAGCUUGGUGAUCCAGAUGCCAUCUCAAAGGUUCCUGGUAGAGUGGAUCUUAACAGUUUUGAUCACUUGGCCAGUAGCGAAAAGUUACAACUUCUGAAUCUGAUCUAUGAUGCUACACCUUCGGACUACAUUUCAAUGAUAAUCACGGAUUAUGGCAUGGUGCCACCAACGAGUGUGCCCGUCAUUGUUCGUGAAUACAGAAGAGAACACUUGUGGAUAUAAGUAGUUGGGAUAUGGACCACGGAGGCCUAUCCAAACUUGUGUGCAUGCUGAGAAAUCAGUAUUAGCAACUUAGAACAAUAAAGCUAGAGAAGUUUUUGUUGCUUGUUUUCUUCUCUAGUUCUUCACCAUUUUGGAAUAAGAGCUACUUGCCUCGGCAAGUUUUUGAUGUUCUGAAAUUUGAUUUUUCACCUGACUCAGUGAAGAGAGCGAUAUUUUCGCCUUUCCGGGCAGAUUUAGUGACGGAUUCCUGAAUUUUGUAACCA